UCCUGACUUCUCUUAUGGCCGGGUUCUUUAUUUUUUUCUUUCUUUGUAACGGAAGUCUAAUGUAAAACGUACCGUUUCUUUUAAAAAUAUGGCUACCAGUGAAAACAUUUCGUUAUCAAAUUUACCAAAACAAUUACAGAUUUUGGAAAUAAAAAUAGCUGAUCUCCAAAAUAAAAUUUUAAAAUCUUUCAAUGCCUCUUUACCGGAAUAUUUAAACUAUUGUUCGUCAAUCAAAACCCUUUCUAGUGAGUAUGAACAAUUUCAAACGGAUUUACACAAGCUACAAACGGGUUACCUAAUAUAUCAGGCUAAUGAAAAUGCAACAACUGUUUGGGAAACUCGUUUAAUGUUACCUAAGCUCAAAAAUCUUGAUCAUAUUACGAAAAUAGUACAUGGCGCGUUAAAGAUGCAUAGCUUGUUUCACCAAUUCGAUAACGCUAUGAGAAAUGAUCAACCCGAUAUUGCCUCAGAUUAUUUGAAAAAAGCAGACGAACUAUUGGAAACAAUGCAAUGCGAUUUAAACGAAUCUGAGCAUCUUUUGAAAGAAAUUCAACAAGAAACUUCAAACGUGUGUUCAACGAAAAAAAUGGGAGAAGAAGACCAUCUUUGUCUUAUACAUCAUUUAAGAUCCCAAUUGUUUUCAAAGAAAAGCCAAUUAACCUCAUUUGUUAGUUCGCGUCUCGAUCAAUUUAUAAGAAUUUACCCUCACAAUAUUGAAGUAACGUUGUCCCCUAAUUCUCAGGGUAUGUUUAUUUCACAUUAAUCGGGGUCUAUGUUAUCUACAAAAUGGCUUAAUUGAAAGAUUUUUCAAUACCAUCCUUGACAUUAGAGCAAGUAUGGCACGCAGCUAAACGUAUUGGGUUUCAUGAAUCAAAAUUAAUAAAUCUUAUAACAUCGUUGAUAGAAGAUAUUAUUGAUCCCGUUUCCACUUCUAUUUUAAAAUUAUCUGAUAAUAAAAGCAUCAUAUGCAAUACUGUUAUAACUGGAGACGUUUCUUCUUCUGAUGUGAAACCCAUUGAAACGGAUAAAAGCAAUAUUCUCAAGGAUUGUACUAAAUUACCUUGUCCACCGUGUAGUCUUCCAUCAACCGCAUUAUGGACUUGUAUGGAAUGUCCUUUAGUUCAACCUUUACAACGCGAUACAAGUUUAAAAAUGAAUUUAUUAGCUGAUAAUCUGGAAUUAUUUUUUGAAUUUGUUGCAAAGUAUUUUUUUCCUGGACAUCCUGACAUGUUAGAAUUAUUUGGAGAAACAUUAUGGCCAGAAUUCACUAGUUUUUUAAAAACAUUGGUAGCUGGAUUAAAUGUUCCUUCAACCACACUUGAUCGCUUACGAGAUUUUGAGACGAAGCUUAAAGGAUUACACGUUCUCUCUUUUAAAGAAAAUACCUUAAGUCUCUUUUGUAGACAGUAUGACCACUUAAUCUUCAGUGAACGUCGGACACGUAUGCUGUCAGAUAUUCGUGAAUUGUGUACAACUAUGGAUCCUGCGGUGACUGCUGUUGGUCAUGAUGGAAGUCAUGAUGUUCUUUUAAAAAAUAUGCAAGCAACAAUUGAACUUUUAAAAGCGGAUACUAAUUCAAAUGUUAAUUUGAUUGAGUCCUUAGAAGCAAGCCCUUUAGUUUUACCCAAAUGUCACGUAUCUACCGCUGCUUUUGAGACCGUCAUGAUGAUUGAUAAUUUGUUAAAAGGUGUUCUUGAAUCCAUCAGUUUAAAGAAAAUUGAUGACAAUCUUUUAACAUGUACUAUAGAUACUGUUCGAGAUGCAGUUUCUUUUUUUUUAUUUCUACGAUCAACCUUACAUCAUGAACAUUUAUUAAAGGAUACACAGUAUGCGGCCGUUUUUUAUUGCGACCUUCUAUUUCUUUCAAGAAGAAUGCUACUACUACUUCCAACAGUAGAAAAGCAUAUACCGCGUAUUAUUCAAGCUCGACAGUGUCAAGUGUCACUAUUAGAUUUGGUCCUAACAAUUCGACCUAUACAAGAGGAAGUAUUUAAUAAUAUGUUGUUGUAUCAUCACAAAAAACUCGUUAAAUUAUGUGAAGGGAUUCCGACAUUGACAAGUUUAUCAUUAGAUGAAGAAUAUAUGACGGGUGAAGCGAAAAUUGGAGAAAUUAUUCAGGAACUCAAGUUACUCCUAGCGUCAUGGGUUGCUGUUUUACCAAAUGAUCUGGCAGCACGAUCAUUUGGUCGGCUAUUAGAUACUUUUUUAAGUAUUUUUUUAGAUCAAAUAACUACUCAAACCAAUAAUAGUCAAUUUUCAAUAGAAGAUUCAAACGCUUUGUCAUUUUUACUGGCAUCCAGUUGUGAUCAAUUAACAGCUGUUCUCACUACAUUACAGAAUAUUGAUCAUCAUACUAAGAUGUGGUCCUCUUUCCUUUUAUUUAAAGAUUUGAUAAAUGCAGAUAUGUCACAGUUUAUUUCGGAAAAAAAAAUUAUUCGUCAAAAAUUAACUAUAAAACAGAUUCAAACGGUUCUGGCAAUUAAUGUUUGUAAAACAUCCACUUCCAAAGCUAUACUCGAUUCUCUUUUAAGUACCGAUUAAUUUUUUUUUUGAACGUCGCUUCAAUCAAUUGAAGGAACAACGUAACAGUUGAACACAAUUAUUUAGAACUUUUUACAAAGGAAACGGCAUCUAGAAAAAUUCCUCAAUUGAAUGUUUGUAGAUCGGAAACGGUUUAUUUUUUGUAACCUUGUAAUUUAUAAAUAAUUCAAGGCAAAUGAUAGUGAACAAAAAUACCUAAAAUACUAUUUUAAAAAGUUAUAACGACA